AGAACUAGCUAGUGAGGUUCGUGUAGCCCAACGACCAGGUCGUCAUGUCAGUAGUACUACGAGCUCGUGCGUGAAAUAAUCCAGAAGCUACGCUCGAUUCGGUCACUCGGAGAGACAGGGGGCCCGGGGAGGGGGAGACCUCGACCAAGCUCAAGUCAAUGGCGGGGACAGGGGAAAAAGCGGGAGCAGCCCAUCCAUCCAUACGCGGAGCACACCUACCAUUCGACUCUAAUACAAGCACCCUCACGUGCCAGGGGAUCGGAACGGUCGGAGAGGAAACCGCGGAUGCGGCCUGUGGACGGCACCGGGAGGGUAAUCGAGCGCGACGGCGCUGGCAGAAGACGACGACGACGACUUGACCCAGCCACUUGGCCCCUAUCCCUCACCAGCUCGAUCACGGCGAGGACGCCAUGGCACUGCAGGGAGUCACGAGAUCCACAAUUCCCCACAGUACAAACCUGUCCCACGCGUGACACGCGGUGCGUUGACGAUUAUAAUGGCUUCCAGCUGGGUCCGCCGAGCUUCUUCCUCCUCAGCCCGCCGAGUUCCAUCCGAGCCGCAUCAAGCCUGAGUUCACGAUUCCGUUGGUCGAGAUUCGAAAACACCGCCUGUUUCUCUCGGACGUACCAGGGACCUCAGGUGGGACUCCGCUGUGCGCAAUUCCUCGACUCCGGCCGCUAGCCCCACGGCCAGGGAGCACCGGAAACGGCGACCCUCGUGACCUCAUCUGUCCCCGCAUGUCUCCAUGGCCUAGCAGCUCACGCGUGGAGCCUUGGCGCCACGACCAUGAAUGACAUAAAUAUGAUGAAGCUAUUUGCGGUGUCACUACAUGGCAACUUGACAAUGAGUACAGUACUUUUUGUGGCACCGAAAUAUAUCUUUCACGUAACACCGAAGAGCGCGACUGCGAAAAGUGAUGAUGAUCCAGGCGAUGACAUUUUUGGCCUUUUAUGUGUGCUUCUUCCACUUAUCCGGAAUUAUCUCUGGAUGCUGCUUUCUGACAUGGGCCAAUUCAAGGGUCUCGAUAUUUAUUACAUGGACAACGGCGCUAUAGUGGUCAUAGCAUAUGCAUUUUUGCUUAAGAUCAAUUUGCAGUAUUGCAUCCUUGCUCCCUUCCCCAUUAGUUUGGUUACAUUCAUCAUUCAUCUGUGCAACAAGAUUCGGGUGAAGCAGCAGCAUGUCAGUGAAUCAGAGGGUAAGGAUAGCAAGAAACCUGAGGAACUAGUAGCGCCAACUCACCUGAGCAGAUCAAAGGAUGGCUCGGAAACAGAUAGCAUGCAGCAAGUAGGCGAACUUGAAAGAACUGUAGUAUUUCCAUUUUUCAUGCUAUUAAUCAGUGCCGUAUAUGGUGACAGUAGCCCUGUUAUUGUUAGACUUGAUCUCCCUGGAUCAUCGGACCCUAAUGGGCCCGAUGGGCCACCUCACCCCUGCGCCCUGAUCGGGGGCGCCCCCGUCGGAAAGUUCCACCGCUGGCCAUCUUUCGCGCACUCUCCCUCGACUCCGAGCUCGUGGAUGCGCCUGGACCUCGGUCACCGCGAGCACGAACGCCUUCGGCCCGACCACCGCGAGCUCCCGCACUGCAUCAUCAUGGCGGGCAUGUCUGCGUCAUCCGCCGCCCAAGGGCACGAAGGGACACUGGCACUUCUGUAUUCCAGAUUGGCUGAUGAAGUAACAAGUGCUCCUGCCUUAAAACCAGCACUGGAAUGUAUCCGAAUGUCCUACAUGGUAACGCUGUUCAUAACAGCAAACACGGUGGCGGCAGAAUGGCUGGGAGAGGUCACGGCAUUGGUCUGCAUGCCUGAGCUGAUUGCAGGGCUUGUAUGGUUCUCUACUCUUCUCCACACAGACACUUCUUCUAAUAGGGCAGUCGCCAAGGUGACAUCAGAUAAAGAUAGCAUCAGUUCGAUUGAAACAGAACAAGUUCCCGUUGGUAUCUUCAAAGGCUUCAUUUUCCAAGGCUGCAUGUUCAUUCCACUUGGAGCUGCUUUGGCAGGCUUAGUAACUUCCACUUAUGCAUAUGACUGGGAGCUCCUGUCCUCCUGGAACACCAAGGCGACAGUUGCCUGUGGCGUUGCAGGGUGUAUGCCAUAUCUUAGCGUGUGGAUGAUAUCACGGUGGCCCGGCAGCAUACCUGCCUCAGAUAAGGCGACGCAGCUGCUCAAGUUUCUUGCAAAUGUUUGCUUGACCGGAGCUUGUCUGAUGCUGUUUGCUUUGCUUGCUGAGAAGACACUGGCUUCUGGUGUACUCAAGUAUCUUCCAUUUAUUUACUUCAGUACAGCAGUAGCGUCAUUGGGAGCUUUGUUUAUAUGAUGAAGUAGCUUGCUGGUGCCUUGCUGCACAUCGACUAUAUGUUAUGGAGUUACCUGCUGCUUUUGCUGCAGACUAAAAAGCAUUCUGACCAAAUGAACGUGGAAAAAUAUUAAAGAUUAAUGGGACUAUACAUCAUCUUGCUGUGUUACAAAUUUGUCACCAAUAGGUUUGGAACAAUUGCCCUGAGUUGAAUGCAUAAACCAACUAGUUGUAAACUGCAGCCAAUUCUACGCCUCUCUGUCUCUGUUUGUCCUCAAAAAUUAAGUUAUGUAUUUCUGUUGUUGUAUAACAUAAGGUC